GAUGGGAUGUUAAUUACUUCGUAGUAUAUCAUUGACCAUGGAGAAGUAUCUUGUCCUCAUAUCCUUCGCUGCUUUGAUAGUAUCAGUUUUUGGCUGCUGUUGGCCGUCAGAAUUCGAGGGAUAUAGUGCGACCAGUUAUAAAGCGGACAAUUCUCCGGCUGUAUCGGGAGUCUAUGCUAUUGCAGUUAGCAAAACUAAGCAGAAAAUUUAUUCAUCUGGUAAAGUGUUCGCUAAUGGUAAACAGUAUGUAGUUAAAACAUUGUUUGAUUAUACCAAGGGCAAGAAGUACUUAGUGGUUAAUAAUCGAUGUUUCACAUCAGCUAUUACUGGGAGUAUGACAGGGUGUUUGAAUCCCAAGGCAGGGUUCACAGCAUCAUCCCACUAUGGAGCUACCCCUAACAAGCUUCCAGUCAAGUUAUAUUCCUGGUCUGAUGCUUUGGACUACAAAACGGCGGUUGUAGUAAAUGUUGGUGCUGGACAGUGUGUUCUUCAAGCAAUAUCAGGGUUUUCAUCCAGUGCAAUCAGUAAUACUGGCUAUUUGGGACUGAAAAAAGGAGUCACCAACCCUGCAGUCUUUAAUAUUCCUUCUCCUUGUCCUAGCAAUGAAAGCCAUUUAAAUGAGGAACCAGACCAUCUGAAGUUUGUUCCACAUCACGACUGGUUAUAAGAUUGAGGGUUUACAUAACAAAGAGAUACAGUGUUCAAAUAGUUGACAAUCUAAAUAUAAGAAUAAUUGAAUAAAAUUCAGGUCAAUGUACACCA